CCCCAGGCGCUGGAUUCAGUUUACUUCACUGGCUUUGCAGAGACCAACAAGACCUUUGUGAUUGCUCGUCUGGCCAAACGUCCCAACGGGAUCUGUGAGAUGUGGCUCUUCCUCAGGGUGGACGGAAUAGGAGAGUUUGAACACCCACAACAUCCCAACAUGAUGGUGAGUGAUGAAUCGGAAGAGAUUUGGAGUGCAGGAGGGCUCACUAUUGAAUACUUAGAGCCUCAAAGUCACUGGAAAAUAAGCUUCGAUGGAUUACUCAGAAAAGGACCCUACCGACAGCAGUGGAGUGAAGAGGAGGGUGAACUUGUACCAGUUAAAUUCACUUUGCACUGGGAGAACUUCACAGAAGUCUUUAACUUCAGUGUCGACAGUCACCCCAGCACAUUUGCACGUGCUUUUGCCCAGGAACCGUGGACCAUCGAGUUCUUCCAGAGGGUCAAAAAACAAAGGGAACAACAUUUCCGACAUGAGCAAUGGGGCGAGUCUGUUGGAGAAAUUGAAAUUGAAAAUCAUGAGAAAACUCAGCUUUCCCUCAAAGGCGUUCGGAGCCACUCUUAUGGUAUCCGGGACUGGUCUGAGAUUUACCGUUAUGUCAUGAUUUUGGCACACUUUGAGGAUGGGACUGCAGCACAUUUAACAGUUAUUAAUAUGCCAGCUACCACAACUAACCUCGCUGUAGGUUAUGUCUUUUUCCCUGAUGGGAGGAAGGCUGGCAUUGAGUGGUCCAACACCUCUCUGGCUGAGAUGGCCGAUGAUGGUGUUAUCAAGGAUGAAUACGGAGUCAGCUUUACCGCUGGUGGCAAGAACUUUGAUGUUUCUGCAACGCUGGAUAAGCAGGCUUGCCCCGUGGUGUAUAAUGGCCUGACUGGAAGAGGUGUUUUCCACGAGUGCAUUGCAGAUUUCCAACUAAAUGGCUCAACGCGAGGCUGGGGCUUGGUUGAAUUUUAUUACAGGGACGAAGCCGCCCAGCCGGUUCCAAAUUUGCAGCUGGGUUCAAAAGCCAAAGGAGCAGACCUUUCCUCUUGGAGCCCUGUGACCAACAGCUCUCCCCCGUGAGCGUUUGCGAGCCUGCCCCAGCGGCGACAGCAAGCAGCAGCUUUAGAAAACAUGUUAUUCUCUGCAAAAUGCGCAGUUUUGAGGGUGGAACUCGUUGUCGCAGGAUGCUGCCGAGGUGGAGGGUAUAAAAGGAUUUGGGAGAAGUGAGAUACAUUUCCAGUGGUGUGGCUCUUAGCUGUUACUGACUGUGGUGGUCUGGAGGGAAUUUAAAGGAAACCUGGAGGACUGCAUGAGGAGGGAUUGCUCUACGCUCUGCCUUUUUGGUAUUUUUCCAAAGUUUCCAGCUGCUCCCCACAAUGACGACCAGGACACUGGGCAACGUGGAUCUCUGGCCCAAUUUAACAGUUCCUCUGUUCUUUCAGAUAUGUUUUUGAAAUAAAAGCUGUAUCUUUCUGAACUCUUUGGUUGUUAUCACCAUUAAAACAUGGGAAAAAGCUGUUACUGGAAACUA